AUGAGGAGUCUGGCGCUGCUGCUGGGGGUGAAAGCCGCGUGCAUCCUGCUGGUGUCUUCGCUCUCAGGCACGGGGGCCGUGAACAACAGCGGCCGGUGGUGGGGUAUUGUCAAUGUGGCCUCCUCAUCCAACCUCCUCACCAAUUCCAAGAACGUGCAGUUGGUCCUGGAUCCAAGCCUGGCCCUGCUGAGUCGUCGCCAGCGACGGCUGAUUCGCCAGAAUCCUGGCAUCUUGCAUGCCAUCGCUGCUGGGCUGCACACCGCCAUAAAGGAGUGCAAGUGGCAGUUCCGCAACCGCCGCUGGAACUGCCCGACCACCCAAAGCCCGGCAGUUUUUGGCAAAAUCCUCAAUCGUGGUUGCCGAGAGACAGCGUUUAUAUUCGCAAUUACCAGCGCCGGGGUGACCCAUGCUGUGGCCCGCUCAUGCUCAGAAGGAGCAAUUGAAUCGUGCACAUGCGAUUACCGCCGCCGAGGUCCUGGAGGGCCGGACUGGCACUGGGGGGGCUGCAGUGACAAUGUGGACUUUGGCCGGGUGUUCAGUCAGGAGUUCGUGGACUCCAGCGAGAGAGGCCGAGAUCUGCGCUACCUCACCAACCUACACAAUAACGAAGCUGGAAGAAUGACUGUGUCUUCGGAGAUGCGUCAGGAGUGUAAGUGCCAUGGCAUGUCAGGCUCCUGCACUGUGCGUACCUGUUGGAUGCGCCUGCCCAGCUUCCGCACAGUGGGGGACUUCCUCAAAGACCGCUUUGACGGAGCGUCCAGAGUCAUUUACGCCAACAAGGGAAGCAAUCGGGCCUCUCAUCGGGCUGACCCCCGCCACCUGGAACCUGAAAACCCAGCUCACAAACCCCCCUCUGCCAUGGACUUGGUCUAUUUUGAGAAAUCACCAAAUUUCUGCUCCCGCAAUGGAAAAACUGGCACUUUGGGAACCUCUGGUAGAACAUGCAACAGCUCAUCUCCGGGCCUGGAUGGGUGUGAGCUGCUGUGCUGCGGACGUGGGUUUAAGACCCGGACUGAGACUGUGACCGAGCGUUGCAACUGCACCUUCCACUGGUGCUGCCAUGUCAGCUGCUUGAACUGCACCAGCACACGGACGUUACACCAGUGUCUAUGA